CGAACAUGGAGUACAAAACAUUUUCUAAAGUCACAAAUCACUUUGAACUUGUUAAUUAAAUGAGCAGUAAUAAUUCAAAGGUUUGUCUUAGAAGAAUUUUGCGUGACACUACAGGCUACAGCCAAACUCGUGGAAAUGAAGCCAAGUUCCAAAGGCGCAUUGUAACUCUAACAUUGGAAAUAUGAUUUUGGUAUAUAGUACUGCAAGCAGGUACAUCUUCUAGAUUUGUUCUUGGAGCAGAGUUGAUAUUUUCUUUCAAGACAUGGGAUGGUGAUUGCCAUGGCGAAAGUAAUAAAGAAAACGUUUUGCAUUGGUUUCAAUAUCAGUUUUUACAAAACUUAGAACCUUCUACAAUUAUUAUGAAUAGUUACCACAGUACGGUGGUCAAUACAGCACCGAUAACAGCUGAAAAAAAAGUUAUAGAUAACUGGUUAAUUGAACAUGAUAUUUCUUUUGAAACAACAUUGGUCAAAACACAGUUAUAAAAUUUGGUACAAAUAUAAGUUAAUGUAAAAGUUCCUAAAUGUAUUUUGUAAUCCAUAUUAGAGUUCAAAUCAUUAAAUUAAAAGGUUCAAAAAGAAAUUAAAUUGCAGGAAAACUUGCUUUUCCUAAACACCUCUAGCCUGUACAGAAUGUAACAAAAUGGAAGACGAAGUUUAAGCACGACGCCAUAGUCCCAAUGCGGAUAGUCCAUUUGAGUUUUACAGUAUAUUUUUUGUACGACUACCUAUUUUAAAAAUUAUUUUAGGUUAUUAAGAAAAAAUAACUAUUUUAAAAAUAAUUUACAACUUUUACUAAUUUAUAAACUAAAAAAAAGGAUUUAAUUUAGUUAGUCUCCAAUACUAGAUUUGAACCCGGGACCUUUGCAUGGCAACUUAAUUUGCUAUCGACACAACUACUAUUUUCGUUUAACCAGAACAUUCUAAAACUGAAAUAAAAUACACUGUGUUUCAUUUAAAAAAUAUUUUUAUUUUCCUGGCAAAAGUGUAACAUCCAAAAAUAUUUUUAAAGUAUGCGUACUUAUAGAAUCUUUCUGCCUUAUUUUCACCUGUGUGAUACGCUGUUAAAAUUUAGGAACACCCAGAAUAAUGAAUCCGCGAGAUUGCAAUAAUAUUGUGGAAUACCCUGUAAAAAUAAAUUUCAUAUCGUUUCGACUGAAAACCUUCGACCUUUGUUAAUUAACAAAUGUAAAGGAAAUAAUUUUUUUUGUCUAAAUACGCAAUAGUUUGUUUUCAAAAUUAACAAAACUAUAGACUACCUAUUGAAAAUAAAUUAUCUUAUCAUUUUGGUAAUCGAACAAUGUGUUGAUAACUGCUCGUAUUAAUAAUAUUAAUUAAGUAAUUAAUAAUAUAUAAAGAAGAGAUAUCUAAAAUUUAAAAUAUUUGCUUCAGUUAGUAUAUUGAUAGAGUAUAGUGAUGAUUAUUAAUGCAAUUAUUCAAACCUUAGUGGAUGAAAUAAAGCGAAGCAAUGUAAAAACAAACUACAUGCAAAUAGAUCUAAUUAAUGUAACAGAAUUAAGUGAUAUAAUAGAGAAAAAUGUGUCUAACAUUGAUUAUCUGGAAAACAUUAAAAUAUGUGCCAAAAAGUUACUACAACAGAGAAAUCAAGAAUUAAAAAUAUUAGAAGAAAACAUAGUAAGAAAAAUUAUAUACAAAGCAGUUAAAUUAAUUUUUGAAAACACUACACAAGAAGAGAGAUUUUUGUUCUUAAACCAUCUUUUAGAAACUACUUAUGAUUUACUGGUUCAAAAUUUAGUUCAACUUAACAAACAUUCUUCUAUUAUUUCAAGAGAUGAUUACAAAUGCAUUAUAAGAAGUUUUAUACCUAUUGUGAAGCUAGAAGCAGUAUUAGAACAUGAUAAUAAAUAUAUAAUUGAAGAUUUUAUCCAAUAUUUGCAACAUCCUGAAAUUUUAAUAGAAGAUACUUAUGAAAUUAUAAAAAAGAAGUUUUAUAAGCAAGAUUUUGAAUAUAUAAAUUUCGAAUUAAUACCAAUUACAGCUAAAAUUGGUUUUUUAGGUGUAUAUGCGAAUUUAAAAAUCUAUACAAGAUUGAAUGGUCAAAAAACAACGAGUAAUUUUUUUAUUAAAUUUCUACCAAAAGAAGGUGAUGAAAAUCAAACUAUUGCAGUAAAUUCUUUUAUUAAAGAAAAACUAUUUUACACCAAAUUCAUUGAUCUACUGGAUAAAAUUGAGUCAGACGAUUGGAACUUUUUACCAAAAUGUUAUUUAGUUUCUGAAAAGUUUAUGGUGUUGGAAGAUUUGUCGAUUCAAGGUUAUUUUUCUGUUAAAAUUUUCACUAAUUUUGAUCAUAGAUAUUGUUCUCUAACUGUUAAACGAUUGGCAAAAAUGCACGCCGGUUCUAUAUUAUUAGAGGAAAAGUUGAGUGAAAAAAUUGGAACUGAAAUAAGAAUUGAUGAAUAUUUUCCAGAAAUGAUUUCGGAAACUCUUAUAUUAAAAAACAGCUUUAAUAUCGUAAGUAUGGAACAUAUUUUGGAGUAUCUGAAGAAAUUUCCUCAUAUUGUUAAAGAUAUUACGAUGGAAGAAUUUCAAAGUAGGGCCAGAAAAAAUUUGAACCAAAUUUUUGAUAAAGUUAAAACCUCAGAGAAAUUUAGAAAUGUUGUUACUCACGGAGAUAUUUGGUGUAAUAAUAUUUUUUAUAAAUGUGAUCAGAAUCAUCGUCCUACAGAGUGUUUACUGUUAGAUUUCCAAAUUAUUCGAUAUGUACCACCUGCAAUGGAUGUUUUGCUAUUUUUAUAUACGAAUAUUAACAAAACUUCAAGGAACGAACUUACAAAAACCCUUCUCGAUGAGUAUUACACUGAAUUAAAAUUAAUUUUGAAGAAACAUAACAUUAUUAUCGAAAAAAUUAUUCCGCUGGUUGAUUUUUUAAAAAGUAUGGAAGAUUUAAAAAUUUGUGCAAUAUAUUUAUCCACACUUUAUCACUAUCUACAUGCACUUAGAGAUUUUAGUUAUUACGAAUUAUUAAAUCCGAAAGAAGUCGAGAGAUUUUGGAGCGAAAAAGAUUUUAGAAUUAAAAUUUUUGAUCGGUCAUGGGACACUAUAAAAAAAAAUCAGUGGGUCGAAGACAAUGUUAUUGAAUUGUAUGAGUAUUGCCUAAAAAAUAUGUAACUAAUAUUUUUAAAAACAAAGUAAUAUAAUAAUUUGUU